AUUUGACUUAUGCGACUGGCGAAUGCGAAUAUGGAGAUCGAAUCGAGACGAUUGCCGGAUCGGUUGGAGCUGGCGCCUCGCCGGCGAUCGAGUCCCAUGGGGUUCCGUUCUAUAAAUGACUAGCUGGAGAAAUGGUUCGCGCUUCUUCCGAUCUGCCUCCCAAAACCGCCCCUUCCGCCUCCUCAAAGGCACGAUAGAAAAAAGGGGAGGGAGGGAGGGAGAGGGGGCCGAAUGCUUUUGCAUUUACCGAGAAAGGAGCCGCGCGCUUUGAUCGCAGAUUCUCGGUGGAGUUCGAGGAAAUGGGACCGCGCCCCCUUUUGUUUUUGAGCUGCAGUUGUGGUGGAUGACCGAACGUCGCCAAGGUUAUUCCUUUUUCGCCUCUUCGUGUCCUUUGAUGCGUUUACGGGUACAAAAGAGGGAUGUUGGCGCCUUGGCCGGGGGAAUUUGAGGACGUAGGGUGAAAGGCCGGAGCUUGGCGUUUCUCGUCUGGCUUUUUUUGAAGGUUUUGGGCGUUUAGUGGCUUUUUUUUAUUAUUAUCACUUUGAAGGCCUGUGAAGGUCCUUCCCCAGCACUGUUCCACCUCGCUGCUAUCCGUACUUUAACUCGUAUUUCUUCUUCUCUUCUCCAUUUCUCUUUCUUCCCCACCCAAAGCUAGCGAUGUGUCUCCACUCCCCUCUUUUUCUUCUCCAUAACUGCUGAGAACUCUCCUCUUUUUCUCUCCCGCACAUGGCUAAAGUGCGAUAGAAUAAAGCAAGGGCGAAGAACGGCCGGAAUGCUUUCUCGUUUACCGAGAAAAGAGCUACUUUGAUCUCAGAUUCUGUACUAGAAAAAAAAUGCAAUCCUUCUCUUCUUGAGUUGCAUUUGUUCUUGAUGAAUACAUUGUGAUUCCUUUCUCCUCAUCGUUUCGUUGGGUGGUAUAAAAGAGUAUCUUGGUUGGGUGAUUUUGCGAGGGUGGAAAAAAGGUCUGGCCUUGGCGUUUCCCAUACUGUUUUUGUUCGGUUUUCUUUGUGAACAGAUGGCGGAAGAGGGUUUUGGUGCGAAGGUUCGAGUUGUGCGGUGCCCUAGAUGUGAGAAGCUUCUCCCGGAGCUCGCUAAUUUCUCGUUCUACCGCUGUGGUAGCUGUGGAACCACUCUACAAGCCAAGACGCCUAGUGCAGGCUCUGGUGGUUCUUCUGAGAACACCAAGGGCGAGAGAGCCAAAUAUCUUGAGGUCUUGGACCAUGUUACAAUGAAAAAGGAGUUUGGUUCAGAGACAAACUUGGAGACUGAUCACGAGGGGAAUCUAACAGAGAGCAAGUUAACGGAGUCAUCUCCACAGAUAGCUUCCUGUUCCCAUAUAAAAUCUGUAUCUGCAAACGAGGAUGACGUUAUAGAAAGGGAUACGAUGAGCUCAGAGUUGGAUGGUCUUGAAAAAAAAGGGGGAACAAAUAUCACAGUCACCACAAAUGAUAAGAAUCUAAAUGUAGCUGAAAUGAGUCAAACAGACGAAGAAAAGGGAAUAGAUGGGUCAGCUGAAUCUGUGCAAAUAAGAGUUGAAAAGUUGGAUGAGUUGGAUCGAACACCCAGGGUUCCCAUGGCAAGUGCUCAGUCUCUGCAUCGCGGUGACGUAGGUCCUUCUACUUAUCAUUCCAAUGCUAGGCAUCUUUAUGGUGAAAAUAAGGCAGAAAACCAGCAGAAUAUGGAUGAUGCUAGAAGAGUUGACUACCUUGAGCAAGAUCGAGUAAAGCUUUUGAGAAUGCUUGAUGAACUUAGAGAUCAAGUACAGCGAACUUGUGAGGCAUCAGACAGGCAGAAGACAAGUGUUACCUUGGAUAAAAAGACCAGUUGGCCAAGUUCCUAUGCCUAUGAUGACCAUGCAAAUUGGUUUCCUGGAAACUCAUCCUCGUUGAACCUGAAUCCAUCUCAAUGUUUGUCUGCCACACAUGACCAUAAUGCUGGUGGUUUGAAUUUUUGUUCUAAUAUGCCUGCUCAAAGUCAUUUAUCUGGUUAUGGGGAUCCUUUUGCUCAUAGGAGAGUCCCUCUUCACCUCGGUGAUUAUGCACAACGACAGCUUGACACUUUUGGAUACGGGCAGCUUGAUCCUGAUCAUGUCAUGCCUUAUCAUCAUGAUGGUUUCUAUCAUCAGCCGGCUUGCUCGUGUUUGCAUUGCUAUCAGAGGCCAUUCUCAGUUCCUACUAGGGCGCCAACUGCUAUAUAUGACCAUCAGAGGUAUCCCUAUCCUGCGACUAAUCAUGAUUUUUAUACAUUUGAUGGUCCAUCGAGUUUUGGUAGCAGAAGUUACAAUUUGAAGCCAGGAAAUGCUCCUUUACCCAGGUUAGAGCCUAGACCAUAUCAUAGAACCAUGUUUAGCAAGAAUGCUGCACGUUCUUGUCAAUCCAUUGAUGGUGCUGCUCCAUUUACUAUAUGUUCCAAUUGUUUUGAACUUCUGCAACUACCAGAAAAAUCAUUUCUGCUGAAGAAAAAUAAGUUCAGCUUGCGUUGUGGUUCUUGCUUUAAGUUAAUUUCUAUCAAGUAUGAAGGAAGUAGAUUUGUAAUCUCUUCAGCAACGGCAUCCUCAUGUUCAGAGAACCAAAAUUCUUCCAAUAAUAGCCCAGUCAAUUAUGUUCAGUCUAGUGAUGAGAAGCUAGUUCUGCCUUACGCUUUCUCAAUUAAUGAUUCAGAGUUGAUAGAAAAGGGACAUGGUCUACGCUCGAGUGAGUCAGAUAAAACACAUGUUUUGUCUUUAUCUUCCACUACAUCUGGCUUUGUCGAGAGCCCAGAGAGUGUGAUUUCACCAAAGGAUGUUCCCACCUCAUCUGGUGCCCCCUUUGAAAAGCAGAUGAUUUCACGAGUUCCGAGCUUACCACUUCGUGAACAUUUUGGAUACUCACAUUCUGAUCAAUCAACUGAUGGAUCUGGAAAUGGUGGGAGCAGGAGUGUACGCUCAGCACAAGGGAGAAAUAUGUGCUCAAGUGGAAACUUGAGGCAGAAUUCUGCGAAAGACGUGCAAGUGGCUGCUGAGAUGGAUUUGUCAGAUGAUGAGAAUGUGCCAGCAAAUCUGUCUCAAGAUUCAUGGGACAAGAUAGGCAAAGAUGAAGUUCAACUUAGGGUCAUUAAGAGUAGUGAUUCUUUUUUUGCUGGUCUGAUAAAGAAGAGCUUCCGACCAUUUAAUCAAUCACUUGGGCAUAGUGGAUGUAAAGUUUCAGUCAAUGGCCAUCCUAUCGCUGAUAAUUUAAUAAAGAAGGCUGAAAAACUAGCAGGUCCAAUCUCUCCUGGUAAUUAUUGGUAUGACUACCGCGCUGGAUUUUGGGGUGCAAUGGGACAUCCAGGCGUUGGGAUAAUUCCACCAUUUAUUGAAGAAUUCAAUUAUCCAAUGCCCAAGAAUUGUGCCGGGGGAGAUACUGGUGUCAUUGUGAAUGGUAGAGAGCUUCACCAGAAGGAUAUGGAGUUACUUGUUGGUCGAGGGCUUCCAUCAGGCAGAGGUUGUUCUUAUAUAAUUGAUAUCUCGGGUAAAGUUUGGGAUGAGCUAUCUGGUGAAGAGCUAGACUGUCUUGGUAAACUCGCACCAACAGUCGAGAAAGUAAAACAUGGAUUUGGCAUGUCUGUUCCCAAAGCAAUUGCUUCUUCAGCGACGACCUAAUCAGUUGAUAGCAACGACAACACUCAUCUCAGGAACAUAGUCAAAGUGCUGUCAAUGUGGUACCAUGUGCUGACCAACUAUGGUGAUGUCGUGCUACAAUUAUGCUGCGAAUGCUCUCUUCUCCCUACUGGAUUUUGUCCGUUAAGCUUCAGUUGUGAUAUGUAUUGUUAGGAUUGAGUCAUAAUACAAAUGCGUGUGAACUAUGCUUCUAGAACUCAAAUAUAAUGGUAGUUGCAUGGAUCUCUUAUUAAUCA